UUUGUUACCUCCUCCUUCUAACUCCAACUCAGAGAGUAAGUACACGCUAGUCAAUAUCUACACAUCUUCACCGUACCUUUUGUUAAUAAAUUUCUGGUAAUGGGUGUGGGUAUGGUCGAGAGUGGUGUCGGCGUCGGCCUCAAAUGUUUUUCCGGCGGAUGGACUGCCGCCGCCGCCGCGCCCAAUACGGCGGCCAAGCCCUGCGACUACUGCAAGGCCACGGUGGCGUCGGUCUUCUGCCGGGCCGACGCCGCCUUCAUGUGCAUUGCGUGCGACACUGCGGUGCACAACGCGGGCGGCACGGCCGGGGCCCACGAGCGCGUCUGGGUGUGCGAGGUCUGCGAGCAGGUCCCCGCUAGCGUCACGUGUAAGGCGGACGCGGCCGCCCUCUGCGUCACGUGCGACCACGACAUCCACUCCGCCAAUCCCUUGGCUCAACGCCACGAGCGCGUCCCGGUCACCCCCUUCUACGACUCCGCCGCCGAGGCGGCGCUUAAGUCCUCCGCCUUCGCUACUAAUGCUCUCCCUCCUAACCCUUGCAAUGCCAAUAUCGAUAUUCCUAUUCCCUGGAAUCCCUCCAAACCUCCGCUACUUAUCCCGGAAAUCAAAUCAUCCUCCGUCGAUUUAUCAUUCUCCGACUCCGAUCACUUCCUUGAUUUCGACUAUCCGAUUUCUUCUCUCGAAACAAACAAUCUCGCUCAACACGAUUCCGUCAAUGACAGCAUCGUCCCCGUCCAGCCUACCAAGCCUUCAGCUGCGAUCGCUAACCGCUUCGACAUCGAUUUCACCAGGCCUAAUACCAAGUCCUACAACGCCCGUUCUCUCAGUCACAGUGUAUCUUCGUCGUCGUUGGAUGCAGGAGUGGUGCCGGACGGGAGCGCUGCGUCGGAAAUAUCGUAUUCUCUGGGGCAAAACGUGGCCGGCGGCGUAGAUCUAAGCAAUACCGCGACGCAGUUGGUUGGGAAGGAGAGAGAGGCGAAAGUGUUGAGAUACAGAGAGAAGCGGAAGAACAGGAGGUUCGAGAAGACAAUCCGAUACGCGUCGAGGAAAGCGUACGCCGAGACGAGGCCGAGGAUCAAAGGCCGUUUCGCGAAGAGGACAGAGGUGGAAUCGGAUAUCGAUGCCAUCUUCUCUGCUGAUUUCGUCGCCGAUCAUGGCUACGGCGUCGUCCCGUCGUUUUGAUCACGGCGAUUAAUUAGACUAUUUCGAAUGUUUUUAAUUAAGUUAAAAACACAAUAAUAGAAGCAACGACGGCGUUUUUGCCAUGCCUACCUUUGCCAGGAAGGAAACUGUAAUUAAUCAAUUUUAAAAGUUUUUAUAAUCUUUUUUUUUUUUUUUUAAAUUCAAUUGUAUGAUAGCUCUAGCCGUUUUUGAAGAGCUUUUCAUAAGAAAAGUUGAAUGUUUAAUGUAGUAAGUUGUUUUAGGCAAAUGUUUGUUGCUUCUUGGCUUUAGUUAUUAGAAAAAUCUGUUUUUCAAUUUUGGUUGGCUAUUGGAAGGAUGUAGUUGAAACCCCACGCCUUUUAAUAAUAAUUCACAAAUUUACAUCUAUCA